AUGGUGACCAGCAAUCUUAUGCAGAUGCUUACAGCAAGAGCGUUGUUUGUUAGGUUAGCUUCGGAGGAUCCAUAUGCUCACAUGGCUAAAUUGACUAGUGUCUGUAAGAGUAGUGUGGGACGACCAAAAUUGGAUAUGAACGUCAUAUGUUUGAGAGUACUCCCACUGUCCUUGACUGGGGAUGCAGUUGUGUGGUUUUCUGAACUGACAUACAAUUCAAUCUAUAAAUGGGAUCAAUUGCAUAAGGUGUUCAUGGCGAGGUAUUUUCUGGUUUCUAAGAAGUUAAAUUACAAGGAUAAAUUGAAUAACUUUGCGGCACUACCUAGAGAGUCAAUAAGCAGUUCAUGGGAUAAGUUCACUAGAUUCAUGAAGAGUGUUUCGAAUCACCGCAUAGAUGAUGAAUCACUUAAUGAGUACUUCUACCAAGGACAGGAUGACAAUGGAAAGGUUGUGUUGGACACUAUUGCUAGAGAAUCAUAUGGUUCCAUCUCGGAUAUUUGGUGCCAAGGUCAAGGAAACCAAGGUCGAAACUAUGACAACUACAACCGUGAUGGAAAUUAUGUCCGAGAUGGAACCUACAAUCUUGAUAACAAUUACAAUUGGAACAAUUAUGGCAACAUGAAUGAGAAGGUUGGUUCUUACAUUCCCCCUGUUAAUAGAGAGGCUAGUACUAGUAUGACUCCCAUUGAGGAUAUGAUGCAGAAAAUGAUAAAGAGGUUUGAUGCGACAAAUGAGAAUGUGAAGGAGAUGUGUAUUGAUUUGUCUGGGAUUAAUCAGAAAGUUGAAAGAGCGAUAGAAAAAGAUGGGGAUGAGAAUGAGGUUACUGAAACUCCAAAAGUGGAUACAGAGAAGGAAGCUAAGGUGAACCAAAACGUUGCUCCCAUGCCUAGACCUCCACCUUCAUUUCCACUGAGAUUGGUGAAAAAGACUGAAGAGGGAAAAUAUCGCAAGUUCAUAUCUAUGUUGAAGCAACUGUCCAUAAAUGUCUCAUUGAUAGAAGGUUUGGAACAGAUGUCUGGCUAUGCAAAGUUCAUGAAAGACUUGGUAACCAAAAAGAGGGCUGUCAAUUUUGAGAAUGAAGAGAGGCUACAACAUUGUAGUGUUAUUGCUACUAGGUCACUUGUGCAAAAGAAAGAGGAUCCUGGAGCUUUUACUAUUCCUUGUACCAUUGGGAUUUUACACUUUGCGAAAGCUUUGUAUGAUUUAGGUGUCAGCAAUAAUUUGAUGUCAUUGUCCAUAUAUAAGAAUUUGGGUUUAGAAGCUCCAAAGCCGAGUGCAAUGUGUUUACAGAUGGCCGAUAGAACUGUGAAGAUGCCCAUUGGAGUGCUCCAAGAUGUCCUUGUGAAAGUGGAGUCAUUCAUUUUUCUAGCGAACUUUAUGAUACUUGAUUGUGAGGUUGAUUUUGAGAUUACUAUCAUCUUAGGGAGACCAUUUCUUGCUACUGGGCUUGCCUUGGUCGAUAUGGAGAGAGGGCAGAUGAAGCUUCGAUUAAACAAUGAGGAGGUAAAUUUUAACAUAUGUAGGUCUAUGAAGCAUGAAAGUGAUCAUAAAUCAGUAUCGGUGGUAAAUCAUAGGGUGGGGCAAGAAUCUGAAGUGUCUAUUGAAGAGAGGUUAGGUGUUGAUGCAUUAGCUCUUGUAAUAAUGAAUUUUGACAGUGAUGGUAUUGAUGACUAUGAUGAGCUAGUUGCUGCACUUGAUAGGUUUGAGUUUCGUUUCAAAGCAAAAUGGUUGGAAUUAGACAUGAAGAAUCGAGACACCCCACAUACUAAAUUGUCUGUUGAUGAGCUUCAAAAAUUGGAACUUAAGGUUCUUCUAUCUCACUUGAGGUAUGUAUUCUUAGGACAAAAUAGCACAUUGCUAGUUGUUAUUGUUGCUCACUUGAGUGAAGGGCAAAUAGAGCCUUUGAUAUCGGUGUUGAAGUGGUUUAAGAGGGCUAUUGGUUAG